AUGGUGGUGGUUUGGCCGAGUAUAUCAUCGCCCCUGCUGAACACUUCUACCCUGAUUCCAGACAAUGUCUCCCUGCAGUCAGCUGCAUUGGUAGAACCACUCGCGGUCGCCUGGCAUGCGGUUAAUAUAUCACCUUUCAAACCCGGUGACAAUGUUCUAGUCGUGGGUGGAGGCCCUAUCGGCAUCGGCAUCGUACAGGUUCUCAAGGUGCAAGGCGCCAGAGAGAUCAUAGUGGUCGAGCCUACGGAACAUCGCAGACGACUAAGCGAAGCCUUCGGCGCGACGCAUCUGCUGGAUCCCCAAAACGUGGAUGUUCCCGAGACAGUGCUUCGACUGACCGAUAACAUCGGUGCGGACGUGCUUUUCGAUACUGCCGGUGUGGAGGGAGCCCUGAACGGGGCCAUACCGGCAUGUCGCGCCCAUGGAACAAUCGUCAACGUUGCGGUGUGGCAGAAACGACCUGCUGUCCGUGUGAAUGAUUUGAUGUAUAAGGAGGUGAACUAUAUGGGUGCAGCCCUCUAUGAUAAUACAUCCUUUGAGGAUGUUAUCAAAGCGAUAAGCUAUGGCCAAUUGAAUCCCGACAAGAUGGUCACUUCGAAGAUAACGCUGAGCGAGGUGGUGGAAAAGGGAUUCAAAUCUUUGCUUGAGAACCGGGAUGAACAUUGUAAGAUCUUGGUGGUUAUGAAAGGCUCGGGAGGCACUGGGCGACAAGGUGGUUUUCGUUGA